AUGACCAUCACAGCUACCGGAUCUAGGCGUAUCCCGGUAGGAACCACGUUGGUGCGUAGCUGUACGACCAAAGGUCAGCGACUUGCCAAUGUGCUCCAGGCACACGUUGCAGUGGGUGUGUGCGAGGGUCGUGCGGACAAGGCUCCAACAUGUAAUGAAUGGAAGUACGUGGGUACACCCUCGUAUAACGCAUUAUUGGACGCUGCCCUGAAACGUCCUCGUAGACAAUGGUCAUAUGAACAGAACAAAGCCCCCAGGGCGCAGCAGCGCCGGGACACAUUGGAUCCCUUGAGUGAUGGCGAUCGGUGUACAAAGCACCGGUACAGUCAUACAGAGGAUGUAGGAAAUGGUCAUGAGGGGAAACUCGGUGCCAGCUCGGGAACAAGCUGCCAAGUGGAAUGCAGUACGGUACAACUUACGAAGCGAUUGCGACCAUCUAUACCAGAGCGUGUAGAUUCACCUAUUAGGCAACCAGAAUUGUCACUGGAGAAACAUGACGUCCCUCUCAGGAAAUGGGAGCUGGAAACCAUGGGCAGCCGCCACGGUAAUCUGGUCAACAUAGAUCAAAUUCACCAAACGAUCGACAAUUCGAACGACAGCGAUGGAAUCUACAAUCGGUUGGUUGGAGAGUUUAACACUUGUGGUGAACACAGCAGUGAAGUAGACGUACGAUUAGCAAAGGAACGGAGUCAACCAUGGGUCUGGGUAAACGCAAUAGAAAGGCCCGCCAUAACAAAUUGGUCCGAUACGCCAGAAAUUAAAUAUUUGACAUCUCAAGAAUCGUAUCAAAAUAUCACGGCAAAUGAGGCCCUUUUUGAUAUGUCAAAGCAAACGUCUCCUGUUCGCCGAGCGGAACAAUUUGAACAAGCUGUGCUUGGAGAAAAUGCUGAUCACACAAUAGCAAUGAGCGACACGGUAGAAGCAUAUUCCCCUAACAAAAUAUCAAUCGACGAUGGCACGCUGAAAGGUGAAGUAGAAUUGGAGCAGAUCCCAUUCUUAUUGCCGAUUGCCGAAGAGCUCCAAACUCGGGAAACUGGAGAACAUAGAAAGGAACACAAACAGAGCAAGAAACGAAAGGCGAAAUCAUCUCUCAAACCCAUCGACUUAGACACGAUGGCGGGAUUCUAUGUAGUUAAUGCAAGCACAGAUUGGGAGUUCGGUUAG